GAUGAAGUUCCCCUUUCAAGGCUUUAUAAAGUGAUGUUCCGUGAUCUGAUGAUGAGACAGGAGUGUUUGAAGAGUCCCUCCACUGUCAUCACUCAUCAGAACCUAAAAGUGUCGCCCAGAAUGAUCCUUUGUGGAAGUGUGCUGUUGGUGGUUGGAUCCGUUUUGGUCCACGCCACACACAACCCAGCUCUGGAUACAGCAUGGGAGGACUGGAAAUCCACCCACCAGAGGGAGUACUUCAUUUUGGGUGAGGAGGCCAUCCGCAGGUCCAUCUGGGAGAAGAACAUGCAGCUGAUUGAGGUGCACAACCAGGAGUAUGAGAUGGGGAUCCACUCCUACGAGCUGGGCAUGAACCACCUGGGGGACAUGACGAGAGAAGAGGUUGCGGAGAAGAUGAUGGGCUUCAGACCUGACAUGCAAGCAGAGAGCAAUAACACCUUUGUUCCUGAGUCUGGACCUGUGCCCACCUCCAUUGACCACCGUAAAAAUGGACGUGUGACACCUGUCAGGCAACAGGGCUCCUGUGGCUCCUGCUGGGCCUUUAGUGCUGCUGGAGCUCUGGAGGGCCAGCUGAAGAUGAAAGGGAAGGACCUGGUGGAUCUGAGUCCCCAGAACCUGGUGGACUGCGUGGGCCAGGACACAGGCUGCAAUGGCGGCUGGAUGGUCUACGCAUUCGACUACGCCCACAGGAAUGGCAUAGCCUCUGAGAAUGCGUAUCCCUACACAGGCCGGGAUGAGAGAUGUGCUUACAGUAAUAGCAUGAAGGCAUUCGAAUGCACAGGCUUUAAGGAAAUUCAUGGAAGUGAGACGGAUUUGGCUGCAGCCGUGGCUCAGGUUGGCCCCGUCGCUGUGGCUGUGGAUGCAGGUCAGCAGACGUUUCAUUUCUACAAACGAGGUGUAUACUCUGACCCGGCGUGUGACCCUAGAAGACUAAACCAUGCCAUCCUUGCAGUGGGUUACAACCGGCGUGCCUGGAUUGUGAAAAACAGCUGGGGCAAAAGUUGGGGAAACAAGGGGUACAUCAACAUCCAGAGGGGAAACAACAUGUGUGGCAUUGCCAACAUGGCCAGCUUUCCAGUUGUGUGAAGAUGCAUUUUGCAAAGGAGUCUCAGUGAUUUUCUUGCCAGUUGAAAACAUUGAAAUUUAAAUAAACAUGUACUGUGUGUAUUCCCACAUUGAUUUGCUCUGCCUGAAGAAAAAUAAAUGCUUUGCGCCACUUGCA